AUGGCUGUCAUAGCUUCCCCCCGACCCUCCUGUGAGGGGACAUUUCACAUUUCAGAAACGCUUCUGAACCGGGCUACCAUUUGGACCCCGGCCCUACACGCUAGGGGAAGCCAGAAACUGGGCCUGGCCGCGGUAGCGGCCUCCGCUAGGGGGCUUCGGCGGGAGCAUUCCCGGGGGCGUCGCCUGCUUCCGCCGCCGUCUCCUUCAGUGAAAGUCCCUUUUGGGUCCAGCUGCCAUAACCGCCGCGCUCGGUCCGGCCGGGCGGGGGACACGCCAGGUCUGCGUGGGCUCGGUGCCGCCACGCCCAGCGGCCGUCCGAGCCCUGCGAGCAGGGGGAGGAGCUGCAGCCAGUGGAGGCGGAGGAGGCUGGAGGAGGCGGAGACCGCCGAGAAGGCGGAGGAGGCGGAGAGGAAGGUGGAGGGGAAGGUGGAGGCGGCCGGGAAGGUGGACGCCACCGAGAAGGUGGAGACGGCGGAGACGGCGGAGACGGCGGGGCCGGUGGACGCCGCCGGGAAGGUGGAGACGGCAGAGGGUCCCGGCCGCCGGGCUGAGCUCAAGCUGGAGCCCGAACCCGAGCCGGUCGGGGAGGCGGAGCAGGAGCCGAAGGGGGAGCCGGAGCCGGAGCUGAAGGAUGAGAACCCAGCGCCGAGCGGCGGUGGCGGCAGCGGCAGCGGCAGCGGCGACGGCGACGAGGUUCCUCCCCCCACCCUUCCCUCCGAUCCGCCGCGUCCCCCCGACCCCUCUCCGCGUCGCAGCCGUACCAGGCUCCGAACCCCACCGCAGCCUAGGCCACGGCCCCCGCCCCGGCCCCGGCCCCGGCCCCGGCGCGGCCCUGGGGGCGGAUGCCUGGAUGUGGAUUUUGCUGUGGGGCCACCAGGUUGUUCCCACGUGAACAGCUUUAAGGUGGGAGAGAACUGGAGGCAGGACCUGCGGGUCAUCUACCAGUGCUUCGUGUGGUGUGGAACCCCAGAGACCAGGAAAAGCAAGGCAAAGUCGUGCAUCUGCCAUGUGUGUGGCACCCAUUUGAACAGACUCCACUCUUGCCUUUCCUGUGUCUUCUUUGGCUGCUUCACAGAGAAACACAUCCAUGAGCACGCUGAGACAAAGCAACACAACUUAGCAGUAGAUCUUUACUACGGAGGUAUAUACUGCUUCAUGUGUAAGGACUAUGUGUAUGACAAAGACAUUGAGCAAAUUGCCAAAGAAGAGCAAGGAGAAGCCUUGAAAUUACAAGCCACCACCUCGACAGAGGUUUCUCACCAGCAAUGUUCAGUGCCAGGUCUUGGUGAGAAAUACCCAACCUGGGAAACGACCAAACCUGAGUUAGAACUCCUGGGGCACAACCCACGGAGGAGAAGAAUCACCUCCAGCUUUACCAUCGGCUUAAGAGGACUAAUUAAUCUUGGCAACACGUGUUUUAUGAACUGCAUUGUCCAAGCCUUGACCCACACUCCAAUUCUGAGAGAUUUCUUUCUCUCUGACAGGCACCGCUGUGAAAUGCCCAGUCUUGAGUUGUGUCUGGUCUGUGAGAUGUCUUCGCUCUUUCGGGAGCUGUAUUCUGGAAACCCAUCUCCACAUGUUCCCUAUAAGUUACUGCACCUGGUGUGGAUACAUGCUCGGCAUUUAGCAGGAUACAGGCAACAGGAUGCCCACGAGUUCCUCAUUGCAGCGCUAGAUGUCCUGCACAGGCACUGCAAAGGUGAUGAUGUUGGCAAGGCAGCCAACAAUCCCAACCACUGUAACUGCAUCAUAGACCAAAUCUUCACAGGUGGCCUGCAGUCCGAUGUCACCUGUCAAGCCUGCCAUGGUGUCUCCACUACUAUAGACCCAUGCUGGGACAUCAGUUUGGACUUGCCUGGCUCUUGCACCUCCUUUUGGCCCAUGAGUCCCGCGAGGGAGAGUAGUGUGAAUGGGGAAAGCCACAUACCAGGCAUUACCACCCUCACAGACUGCUUGCGAAGGUUUACAAGGCCAGAGCAUUUAGGAAGCAGUGCCAAAAUCAAAUGUAGUAGUUGUCAAAGCUACCAAGAAUCUACCAAACAGCUCACGAUGAAGAAGUUACCCGUUGUUGCCUGUUUUCAUUUCAAACGGUUUGAACACUCGGCCAAGCAGAGGCGCAAGAUCACUACAUAUAUUUCCUUUCCUCUGGAGCUGGAUAUGACACCAUUUAUGGCCUCAAGUAAAGAGAGCCGAAUGAAUGGACAGUUGCAGCUGCCAACUAAUAGUGGGAACAACGAGAAUAAGUAUUCCUUGUUUGCUGUAGUUAAUCACCAAGGAACCUUGGAGAGUGGCCACUACACCAGCUUCAUCCGGCACCACAGGGACCAGUGGUUCAAGUGUGAUGAUGCUGUCAUCACCAAGGCCAGUAUUAAAGAUGUACUGGACAGUGAAGGGUAUUUACUGUUCUAUCACAAACAGGUCCUGGAACAUGAGUCAGAAAAGGUGAAGGAAAUGAAUACGCAAGCCUACUGAAGCAGCACUCAGACCUACCUGUAAUGAAAGAUGAUGGCACCUGUACAACUGGCAUCUAGAUUUAAAUGGAGAUUUAAAUGACCUACUUGACCGUGGCCCCUGAGCCUGACAGAGUAAGAAUUUAACAGUACCCAGUGUCCAAAAGGUCCUGAUUGGAAGAGAAAUAGAAGGGGAGGGAGAAGAGGCUCUAGUCUAAGCAGACACUUAAAGGAAAUUAAAUGGCAGAAAUGCUCUGGGUGGGGAAGGCAGAAGAGGGAAAAUCGAGACACUGGUUCAUAUCCUAUAUUCCUCCGAAAGGUUGUGUGGGAAGGUGUGGG